UCCUGGCUACCGGCCUUCUUUGGGGGAAAAACUUGUCGUGUGGAUCCUGAGAUCCAGAAGCUGGCAUAUAGCCCGCACGUCUCCUUGUUCUACGGGGACCAUCCGCCGAGUGCCCGUGAGGAUCUUUCCAAGGAGCUUGCAUCACUGCUGGACAUAUCCUUCAUUGCCAAGGAGGUCACUGUUUGGGAGACGGAUGUCCAAGAUUUCACCUGUAAGUCCUGGAAGCAAGUUGCGAGCUUCAAACUGGAAGGAAAGAAGCCCGCUUCCUUCUGGCGGUUAUUGGGACGCUUUGCUGCCGUUGCUGCACCCGAGUUUCUGCGAAUUGCAGCUGGAACCGCCUGCAGCAUCGCGGCUAGUCUGGUCGUUGACCGAGCAUCCGCGCAUGACAUGGAGCUGUUCUCUGGCAAACAUGCGGGGAAGUCCAAUUUGGAGCUCCUGCAAGUGCUGGGCCACGGACUUUUCUGGUGGGGUUUGAUGAAUCAACUGUAUGGCUGGUCUGGCUGGCUGAUGCAAGGUGCUGGCGAGAAGAUAGCCUGCAGACUGCGUGGGCAGCUAUUUGACCGUCUAAUACAACAGGAUGUCAAGUGGAUCGCGCAGAAAGGAGCGGACGACCUCUACAAGACGUUAAUGCAACGAACCGACAACAUACAGCGAGUCUUUACAUGUGAGAUCCCAGAGCUAGUCAACAUGGUUGCGAACUUAGUUACAAACAUCGGUCUGCUCUGGAUACGGAGGCCGCGGCUGUGCGCCUUCGGCUUUGGCAUGUUUGCAUUUCAGAACAUUGGCUUCGGCAUCUUUGACACCAUGGCCCAGGUUGCGCAGGAUCAUGAUGAUGUUGCAGAGGAGAUAAAGGAUAAUGCCCUGGAAGUUCUACAGAACUUUCGCAUAGUGAGGGCCUUCGCUCGCGAAAACCGCGAGAAGCAGGCUUUCGAGAAAAGCAUUCGGCAGAAGUUGGUUAUGAAGUUGAGUGACUAUGUCUCCUUCGUGACCGACUUUGGCUCUUGGUUCACAGGGGAGUUUGCGUUUCAAGCUGCCUACAUGUACGGUGGAGUGCUGGUGAACCUGAAAUACAUUCUUGCAGAGGAGGUCCGGGAAGCCGUGAGCAAGACGUUCAGGGCCUCCUGGCCCUUGUACCAGCUAAAGCGCCGGCUGAAGACCAAGAUGACCUUUGCGGAGGACGCGGAGGCUGUGCUUGAGGCCUUGGAGCGUCCCCCAGCCAUCCCUUUCGAGGACACCUCGAAGCACAACCCUUUACCUUCAGAAGUCAAGGGCGGCAUCCAGGCCCGGAGCAUGUCUUUCUCUUACACAGAAGACAUGGAGGCCGCCGUGCUGAAGGGCCUGGACUUCAACAUCCCUGCAGGAUCCAUGGUUGGGCUGGUUGGGCCUUCUGGGUGUGGGAAAUCAACACUCUUCAGCAUAUUUCUUCGCUUCUAUGACCCCCAACUUGGAUCCAUGGAGAUUGAUGGAGUGAGCCUGGCUGACUGGAAUCCACAGGCCUUGUACCGGGCCGUUGCCUGGGUGUCUCAGGACCAGUGUGUUUUUCAGGGAUCUGUACUGGACAAUAUUCGCUAUGGCGUGCCGGACGCAUCAGAGGAGGACGUGCUGAGGGCGAUGCGCGAGGCAGACCUGUACGACGAUGUCAUGAAGAAGCCCCAGGGGGUCGGAACACCGGCUUCGGAGCUCUCUGGGGGCCAGAAGCAGCGGCUCAGCAUUGCACGGGCUGUGCUCACGAACCCCAAGAUUCUUCUCCUGGAUGAGGCCACUUCGGCCCUGGAUACCGUGUCUGAGCGCAAGGUUCAGAAAGCCCUGGAGCAGCUCAUGAAGGGCCGCACCGUGAUCGCCAUUGCGCACCGCCUGUCUACGAUCAUGAAUGCCGAUCUCAUCCUAGUCAUGGAAGCCGGCAAAAUCAUCGAACAGGGUACGCACGCCCAGCUACUGCAGAAGGCGGGUGGCAAGUAUGCGAAUCUUGUCCAGCAGCAGCUGGCAGUAGACGACGAUUCCGCCAAGGCAGAGACAUGCACGGACCCGAAGGCCUGGAUUGAAGACUUUUACCGUUUCAGUGCAUCAUCUUGUCUUCGGAUUUAG